AUGGCCGCCCCCGCCCACAAGUUCAAGGUCGCCGACCUGUCCCUUGCUGCCUUUGGCCGCAAGGAGAUUGAGCUCGCUGAGAACGAGAUGCCCGGUCUCAUGCAGACCCGCGCCAAGUACGCCGCUGACCAGCCCCUCGCUGGUGCUCGCAUUGCUGGCUGCCUGCACAUGACCAUCCAGACCGCCGUCCUGAUCGAGACCCUCACAGCUCUCGGUGCCGAGGUCACCUGGACCAGCUGCAACAUCUUCAGCACCCAGGACCACGCCGCCGCCGCCAUCGCUGCCGCCGGCGUCCCCGUCUUCGCCUGGAAGGGCGAGACCGAGGAGGAGUACAACUGGUGUCUCGAGCAGCAGCUCUCUGCCUUCAAGGACGGCAAGAAGCUCAACCUCAUCCUCGAUGACGGUGGUGACCUGACCUCCCUCGUCCACUCCAAGUACCCCGAGCAGCUCAAGGACUGCUUCGGUGUCUCCGAGGAGACCACCACCGGUGUCCACCACCUGUACCGCAUGCUCAAGGAGGGCAAGCUCCUCGUCCCCGCCAUCAACGUCAACGACUCCGUCACCAAGUCCAAGUUCGACAACCUCUACGGCUGCCGUGAGUCCCUCAUUGACGGUAUCAAGCGUGCUACCGAUGUCAUGGUUGCUGGCAAGAUCGCCGUUGUCGCCGGUUUCGGUGAUGUCGGCAAGGGUUGCGCCAUGGCCCUCCACACCAUGGGUGCCCGUGUCAUCGUCACUGAGAUUGACCCCAUCAACGCCCUCCAGGCCGCCAUGGCCGGCUACGAGGUCACCACCAUGGAGAAGGCUGCUCCCCGCGGCCAGAUCUUCGUCACCACCACCGGUUGCCGUGACAUCCUGACUGGCGCCCACUUCGAGGUCAUGCCCAACGACGCCAUUGUCUGCAACAUUGGCCACUUCGACAUCGAGAUCGACGUCGCAUGGCUCAAGGCCAACGCCAAGGGCGUCCAGAACAUCAAGCCUCAGGUUGACCGCUUCGUCAUGCCCAGCGGCCGUCACAUCAUCCUCCUCGCCGAGGGUCGUCUGGUCAACCUUGGCUGUGCCACUGGCCACUCCUCCUUCGUCAUGUCCUGCUCCUUCACCAACCAGGUCCUGGCCCAGAUCAUGCUGUACAAGGCUAGCGACGCUGCCUUUGGCCAGAAGUACGUUGAGUUCGCCAAGGCCGGCAAGCUCGACGUCGGUGUCUACGUCCUCCCCAAGAUCCUCGACGAGGAGGUCGCCCGUCUCCACCUCGAGCACGUCAACGUCGAGCUCAGCACCCUCACCCCCGUCCAGGCCGAGUACCUCUCUCUGCCUCAGGAGGGUCCUUUCAAGGCUGACAUCUACCGCUACUAA